GAAAUGAUCAUCAUUCUGUUUAACUCAACGAAACAGCGUCUUAAACCUAGAGGACACUUAUGGUGACAGAAAGCAAAUAAUGUUGGAUUGAUCACAUAAGUAUAUGGAGGACACGGUUCAGACUAAAACUGUUCAAAUAAAUCAAACAAUUUGUCUCUAAUGAAAGAUAACAAAAUGAAUGAGCAAUGAAGAGAAAAGAUUACAGUAGAUCAAAUUCGCCUGAACCCAGCUGUAUGUCUGGUAAAAGUAAUCCAUUGAUGAACAUAAAUCAAUUACAUGAUGAAGAUUUGUCUUCUGAUCAAAGUUUUCAGAAGAAGAGAUCAGAUUCACCUGUGCUCAGUGUUUUAUCUAUAAAGAGUGAUAAAUCAAUGAAUAUGCCCAUUCUUUUAAAACAUGGAGAUUCUCUACUUGACCAAAGUUCUGGUGAGAGAUUGGACUCAUCUGUACCCAGUAUGGUGUCCUUAAAGAGUGACAAAUCAAUGAAUAUGCCAAUGCACUUAAAAAAUGGAGAUUCUCUGCUUGACCAACGUACUAGUAACAGAUCAGAAUCGUCUGUACCCAGUAUGGUGUCCUUAAAAAGUGACAAAUCAAUGAAUAUGCCAAUUCACCUAAAAAAUGGAGAUCAUCAUGUCCGAAGUUCUGGUGAGAGAUCGGACUCAUCUGUGCCCAGUAUGGUGUCUUUAAGAAGUGAUAAAUCAAUGAAUAUUCCAAUUCACUUAAAAAAUACUCAAAGCUCAAAAAAGAAACAGAACUUAACUGCUCCCAAAGUUCUGUUCAUCAAACAUAAAUAUUACUGGAGUACUGACACUAAUCGAUCACAGAGACACAAUCGACCAUCAUUUGAAGAAAUCCACCAAAGAUUAAAAUCACAUUUUAAAAAGAAUUACCAGUGGGUUUCUGAGGGACUGGCGAAGCAGGGAAACCCAACACUACUGAAUAAAAUCUACACAGAGCUCUACAUCACAGAGAGUGAAAGUGGAGAGAUGAAUUAUCAACAGGUGAGACAGAUUGACAUACAGUCCAGGAGACCAACAACAGAAGAGACACCAAUCAAAUGUAAUGACAUCUUUAAACCUUUACCUGAACAACACAAACACAUCAGAAGUGUGCUGACAAAGGGAGUCGCUGGCAUUGGAAAAACAGUCUCUGUACAGAAGUUCAUUCUGGACUGGGCUGAAGAGAAAGAGAAUCAGGACGUCCACCUCAUAUUUCCACUUCCUUUCAGAGAGAUCAAUUUGAUGAAGGACAAAACACUCAGUCUUUUAGAUCUUCUUCAUCUUUUCUUCCCAGAGACAAAAGAAAUGGAAAUCUUCAGUGAUAAAUAUAAAGUGUUGUUCAUCUUUGAUGGUUUGGAUGAGUGUCGUCUGUCUCUGGAUUUUCACAGCAGUGUGAGGUUGUGUGAUGUAAGUGAAUCAACCUCAGUGGACGUGAUGCUGACAAACCUCAUCAAGGGGAAUCUGUUUCCCUCUUCUCUCAUCUGGAUCACCUCCAGACCAGCAGCAGCUGAUCUCAUCCCCUCUGAGUGUGUUGAUCGAGUCACAGAGGUACGAGGAUUCACUGAUCCACAGAAGGAGGAAUACUUCAGGAAGAGAAUCAGACAUAAGAGUUUGGCCAAGAAAAUCAUCUCACAUCUGAAGUCAUCCAGGAGUCUCUACAUCAUGUGUCACAUCCCAGUCUUCUGCUGGAUUUCAGUCACUGUUCUAGAGAGAAUAUUGAGUGAAGCAGAGAGAGGAGAGAUCCCCAAGACUCUUACACAAAUGUACACGCACUUCCUCAUGGCACAAAUUAGCAUCAAACAUGAGAAGUAUUCUCAGCUAGAUGACACAGACAAAGAGAUGAUCUUUAAACUGGGGAAACUGGCUUUUGAGCAGCUUCUGAAAGGCAAUCUGAUCUUCUAUGAUGAAGACCUGAGAGAGUGUGGCAUUGAUGUAGCAGAAGCAUCAGUGUACUCAGGAUUGUGUACUCAGAUCUUCAGAGAGGAGUUUGGUUUGUAUCAGGGGAAAGUUUACUGCUUUGUUCAUCUGAGCAUUCAGGAACAUCUAGCAGCUCUAUAUGUGCACCUCAACUUUAUAAACAACAACAUAAAUGUGUUUGACCAAGAAGAAUCUCACCAAUUUGAAAAUCCAUUGAUUUCUAGUUUACACAAGUGUGCAAUUGAUAAAACCUUACAAAUAAACAAUACCCAUUUAGAGCUUCUGCUUCGCUUCCUCAUUGGAUUGUCAAUGGAGUCAAAUCACAACCUUCUAAAGGGACUUUUGGUAAAAAAACCACAGGACUUCCAGGACAGAGAGAAAACUAUUAAGCAUCUCAAGGAUAAAAUUUGUGAGAUGAGCAAAGUUUCUACAAAGCAAUGUUUGGUUCUUUUCCACUGUCUAAAUGAACUCAAUGAUCGUUCUUUAGUAGAAGAAAUACAACAAUACCUGACCUCUGCUAAACUAAACACAAAAGACAUGACUACUGACCUCUGGGCAGCUCUGGUGUUUAUUUUAUUGACAUCAGAUGAAAAGUUUGAAGAGUUUGAUCUUCGUAAAUAUGGCAGAUCAGAUGACGUCCUUCACUAUUUGAGUCCAGUGGUCAAUGUGUCUACAAAGGCCCAGUUACAGGACUGUAAAAUCACAGUGUAUGGCUGUGCAUCGUUGUGUUUUGUUCUCACGGCAUUGUCCAAUGUGAGAGAGCUGGACCUGAGCCACAACAACAUACAGGAUACAGGAGUGGAGAUGCUCUGUGUCGGUGUACUGAAAUCACGCCACACACCAUUAGUGAUGGCCUCAAUGUGUGAUUCGGAAAAUGUAAAUUAUCAAAACAAUAGGGAUGCUUAUUUAAAACUUGUUACUGCUGGACUACAGGACACACAGUGCGGGCUGGAAUCUCUGAAACUGAAGGACUGUGGAGUAACAAAAGAUGGCUGUGUUCAGCUCAGCUCAGCUCUGAGAUCAAACCCAUCACAUCUGAGAGAACUGGACCUGAGCUGGAAUCAUGUAGGAGAUUCUGGAGUCAAACAUCUCUGUGAUGUUCUCAAGAAAACUGAGUGUGCGCUACAAAUACUGAAGUUGAAUAAAUGUGGAAUCACAGCUGAAGGUUGUGCUGCUUUGGCUUCAGCUUUGAGAUCAAAUACCUCCAGUCUGAUAGAGCUGGAUCUGUCGGACAAUAAUCUUGGAGAUUCAGGAGUGAAGCUGAUCUCAGAUGGAUUAAAGAAUCCUCAUUGUAAACUGAAGAUACUGAGGUUGUCCAAUUGCAGUGUUACAAAGAACGGUGUCGCUGCUUUGGCUGAAGCUUUGAAUUCAAACCCUUCACACCUGACAGAGCUCGACAUAAGGGGGAAUCACCUGAAAGUGUCAGACAUUCAUAUUUUUUCCAUGAUACAGGACAAAGUCCACAUAUAAACAUCAUUAUAUAAACAACGCUGGAUUUGCUUAUCAUGCAAAGCUAAAAGAAGUGUGGUCAAAGCAAUAAAACAUCCCGGUCACGGUGUUAAAGGGGUCAUAUUAUGAGAUUUUUUUAAAUAUGUAAAAUAAAUAUUUGGUGUCCCCAUAGUGCGUAUGUGAAGUUUUAGCUCAAAAUACCCCACAGAUAAUUCAUCAUAGCAUGUUAAAAUUGACACUUUGUAGGCCUGAGCAACAGUGUGCGGUUUGGGUGUGUCCUUUAAAAUGCAAAUGAGUAGAUGAAAUUCAAACACUGAUCACAAUGAUGGUAGUUUGUUGAUUGAUACUCAAUUGUGCUGUCAAUUAUUAUUAUUUUUCUCUCUGCCCUAAAUGGCAGUGCUGUGGUUUGAUAAUGCAGUUUAUGGGGGCUGCUGUAUUUUUGUAAUUCGCCUUGCUAACUACUUCACAAAACAGGCAAAAUCUGAACGACCUAAUUUUUCACAUUCUUGCAGAAAAUGGCUUACCCAAACAAACGCUAUGACCCCUUUAAUAAAACUGCAUCAAACGUCUUUUGGUGCAUAAGUAAACAACACGAACACAAAGUUAUCCAGAAAUACUAUGAUGAUGUAUUGUGUUGCCUGACUCCCUCCACUCGCUGUACCUGUGGCCUGAAAGAAGCCGUACAGCUGUUUGUAUCUUUUAGAAAUCUUAUAAAGCUAAAGACUUACUUUGCAAUACUACUGAAUAGGCACCCAAAAUUAACAUGAGAUCGGCAGAAACUGUGUGUUAUUUCACAUUUACAGUAACAUGCAUUGUUAAUGUCAGAUUUGGCCAUUAUACCUGUUAAUAAACUGUAUAGUUUUUUGUAUAAAGUCACGUCAAAGUAAAUUUUAUGUUGCAAAUAGUUGUAAAUACAAUAAAACAGUAAUACAAAAUUGUAUCUUAUUUGUAACUGGUCAUUUUGUUAACCUAUUAGUCAGCAGAUCCUUUCUGAACACUAGAGAUGUGAUGAUGGUUACAUAAAUGUCCGUAAAGUACUUUAAGUACUUGAUCUAGCAAAACAAUGCCCCCCAAAAAACAUUAAGGUAUUCAUUUGAAACGUAUCAAACUAAACAAACGCAAAAGGCUUUUGCCUUUGAUGUGAGAUACACACAAAGGUAAAUUCCUCUUAAAUCAUUUAUGCUCGU